GCAACCCACUGUCAUCCGCCUCACCUGUGCCUUCCUCAGGAAGACUGAUCAGCUAUCACGCCUGUGAUAACAUCACGGGACUCCUCCAGGGCUCAUAGAAUCCAGCGGAUCUUCACGGCCCUCAACACGAAGAAGAAGGCUCUUGGUUCAUCAAAGAUUGAGUUGCCAGACAGUGCACAACUGAAUAUGGCCCAUGAACUGAGGAGAAAAGUGCUGGGUUGCUUCAAGCAGUUGCACCGCACCCGUCUUACAGUGUUUCACGGCGACACCAAUGCACUGGCAGCUGCUCGAGAAAAGAUCAACACAGAAUUCCACAAGAACAAGAAUGUCUCAGAUGCAGCUGCUGUGGAGGAGCUUGUCAACUUUGGAAGACAGGUAGAAGAGGUGCUGAGGACCAGUGUGAUGCAGGUGGUGGAGAAGAAUGAUGGUGUUUAUAGUGCCAAGCUACGGCCAGAAGUCACCAAGCUGGACACUGGCAAGCCAUAUAAACCUAUGCCAGACACUAUGAUUGGUCCCUUCAAGAAAAAGAAAACUCCAUGUAGUGACAGUUAAUUGACAGCAGGGAGGAGGCAGCAACCACAAGAUUCUUCGGUGUGGUAGUAAGCAGGGCUGUGUCCUUUCCUGUUCCAAAGUGAGCUGUUCUGGUAGUAGUGGUUGCAGUGACUGAAGUACACUGGCCAGUGGCCAAGACCAGAGACUAGGCCAGGGGAACCUUUACCUCAGAAAGCAACAAUAAAUUAAUCUGGACAUUUUACAUCCCAUUACUUAACAAUGUUCUGUUCAAUUACUUUAUUACUAAUAGACUAUUCAAUUAGAAAAAGAAAAAUGU